UUCGAGCUUGCAUGAUGGCAUUGAAUUUGAUGCACCGUGCCUGUCUGACUUUUUGCAUGAAUCUUCCACAGUGCCAGCAUUGUGGCAAAGCAGUGCACUUGAGAGCUUUGAAAUUGGAGCUUCAAUUACCAGCCAGCCAGCCAGCCAGGUAGCCAGCCAGGUAGCCAGCCAGCGCUCGCCAGCGCUGUGCACCACGAAGUGGGAAGGUGGCGCUUGAAGACCACCUUCACCACACCUAUCCAAGCCCCGUACCAGUAGCUCCUUCCAACCCCUGCAUGGCGCGGCAUGCAGCCGCCAGCUCCCUGGACGUGGUGGUUGGGGGGGGCAGCCUGGCGGGCCUGUCGGCGGCUCUCUUGCUGCUGCGCGCGGGCCACAACGUGCAGCUGUAUGAGCGCUCUCCCACGCAGGACCGCAGCCACCGGGGGGCAGGCAUCGUGCUCCAGCGACACGUGCUCGACUUCUUCCGUGUCAUGGACCUGGCGCCCCCGGACGCCAUGAGUGUGCGCUGUGAGCGGCGGCAGUACCUGGACCGCGAGGGGGGUGUCACGCGCAAGGAGGACUACACGCAACGCAUGACCUCCUGGUCCGUGCUCUACAAGGCACUCAAGGACGCCUUUCCCGUCGACAGGUACCACAGCGGCAGCCCUGUCUCCGGAUUCUCUGAGGACAAAAACCAGGUCGAGGUGCAAUUAGAAGGUGGGGCGAGCGUGCCGGCUGACCUGUUUGUGGCCGCGGACGGUCCACGCUCUGUGGUGCGCCACCAGCUGCUGCCAGACGUGGAGAAGCGCUACGCGGGUUAUGUUGCGUGGAGAGGGGUGGUGCCCGAGCGGGAGCUGCCUGCCAACGUGGCGGCCACGCUUAUGGGCCGCUUCACGUUCUUCCACGGGCCUGGCACGCAGAUCCUGAGCUACCUUAUCCCGGGGCCGGGGGGCAGCCUCGCGCCGGGAGAGCGCGACAUGAACUGGGUCUGGUAUUGGAACUACCCAACCGACGCCGAGCUGGCGCCCGUGCUGACGGAUGCGGGCGGGCAGCGCCACGCGGACGCGCUCCCCGGCGACAGGCUGCGGCCCCAGGUGUGGGAGCAGCAGAAGGAGCGCGCGCGAGCACAUUUGCCACCCCAGUUUGCGCAGCUGGUGGCCCUGACGCGGCAGCCGUUCGUGCAGACCAUCAAUGAUCUCGCGGUACCAGCCAUGGCGCACGGCCGCGUUGCACUUAUCGGAGAGGCAGCUUUCAUUCCGCGGCCCCACACUGCAGCCUCGGCGGACCAAGCUUUUGCCAAUGCGCUGGGGCUGGGAGAGGCCAUGGCGUCGGUGGCCCCCUCCGAGGUGCCGUCCGUGCUGAAGCGGUGGGAGGCGGAGCAGAUGCAGUACGGGCAGUACCUGCAGGAGCUGGGCCAGACGCUGGGCAACCGGUCGCAGUUCGGCGACCCCCGCCAGGUACUCGACCUGAGCAAGCUCAAAAACCGGGGGAGGCCGGCUGAUGCGCCAAUGGGGACUGCCCGUAGUGGGUCCUAGAAAAUGGUCGCAGCGGGGCGAGACUGACUCCUAAAUGAGGGUCUUUGCAGACAGGGGCGAAAACGAGCGUGUUUAUGGCAGCGCUGUAAAUGAUGUAUGCUAGAACCGCUUUGUAAAAGUAGCAAGCACGCCUGAGAGAAACAUAGUAGGGACUAUGCAGCUAGGGUGUCCAGUCGCCGGGUCAGGUCGGGAAACGUGCAUGUCAUCUCAGGUCCGGAACGGCCGGCCAGCGACCCAAUGAGUCCAGGCCACCUCGAUUGUGCCAGGGCCAUAGGGCGAUGCUAAUUCAUUUAUCCGGGAUUUUUUUGAAAUGCUUCGAAUCAGAACAAGGAGCUGAAAUUGGCCGGUCACGACCCUGUCACGACCAUCACGCUAGCCUCACACCGGGCUAAUGAUCAGCUGUCGAAAACAUCUGGACUGCUAUAUAUGCCGGC